GCAUAUUUCUUGCCCAUUGGCAUGUUCUCCGAAUGCCUGCUUUUGCGGCGUGGGAUGUUCGCCCAUGUUCCACGUUCUUCUCGUGGACAUGUUGCUGCCCCACCAUUGUCGCAGGACCGAUGCCAAGCACAGGUCGCAGCAGAACAGACAUAUCCUCCGCAGCCAGACCCUUCUUCGUCUAGACCCUUUCUACCUGGCUACAAUGAUAGCCAAACACAGGUACCAGUGAGCAAUUUGUUGGAGAUGGCUACGCCGUCUGAAGUGGAUGUUCUUUAUGCAGAUGAGGAGCUGAUAAGAUUUAAGGAUGAGAUGCGCCGAGCGGAGAUGGAGGCAGAAGCUGCAGAAUGGACUGGAAAAAGGACACGGGAAGGUGGAAAGAAAGGAGAUGGAGUGGCAGCAGAAAGUCGUGGAGAGGAUGAGGAAGGAGAAGAGGAAGCACAUGAUCAGGAACGCUGUGGCAACAACCCUCUGGAUGGAGAAGAUAUGUUUCUGGAUGACGAUGGGACGGUCUACAACUGGGAUCGUUCGGCAAGGCUAUGGGUUCAUCAGUCUGAGGACACUCCAGUCUAUCGGUCGGAGAAUAAGGUUUAUGCCGCCGAGGAAGAAGUGAUGCUGAGCUCGACGCUGGCCGACGAUGGUCAAUUGACAGUCCCUGAGCCGAUGGGCACUGGCCCGGAGCCGGGGAACUUGAAAGCGAGUGAUGAGGGGGCAAAGUCAAAGGCGAGCGAUGGAGUGUCAAUGGGAUUGUUGAAGAACAAGCAGCAGCAACAGGAUGGGUGGUUUGAAAUUUGAAUUGAAAUUUGAAAGUGAACACAAUGUCUACAUGACGGGAUUGCCGCUAGAUGCCACAGUAGAGGAGGUUGCUGAAGUCUUCUGUAAACGUGGACUCAUAAAGGAGGAUCCAGAAUCGAACAAGCCACACAUCAAGCUGUAUGUGAACAAGGACACUGGAGUGACUGGACGACAGAGAGGCGACGGCCUGGUUACAUACCUUUGCAAACCAUCAGUGGAGCUUGGCAGCUUGCACUGAAGAUUCUUGAUGGGACACCUUUAAGAGUGGGAAGCAACCUGUUGAUGUCGGUCCCGCAAGUGAAGUUUGAGCAGAAAGAUGACGCGUUUGUGAAGAAACCUGGGGUCAACAAGAGAAAGAAAAUGAAAAUCUAGAAUCAGGAAGAGAAGUCCCUUGGUUGGUUCAGUUUCAAUGAUCAACCGAGAACGAAGGGAAUGACUGCCAUCUUGUGAAAUAUGUUUUCUGUCGAUGAGCUAGCUGCCAAUCUCUCCGUGAUCUCAGACAUAGAGAGUGUCACUGAUGUCUCUGUCGAGUGCCACAAGCUGGGCGCUGCUCAACACGUCAAGGUGUAUGAGAAGCAUCCGGAAGGAGUUAUCUUGAUUAAGUUGUCCGGUAAGCAGACAGGAAUCAAAUGCAUCCAGCUGA